AUGGGAGAAAGGAGAAUUGGAGUGGCGGUGGAUUUCUCGGCGGGCAGCCGGGCAGCCCUGAAAUGGACAGUGGACAACGUUGCCCGGCAGGGCGAUUUCCUCAUCCUGGUCGUCGUUCGUCCUGAAGAGAACUAUGAGCAAGGCGAGAUGCAGCUCUGGGGAGUCACCGGUUCCCCUUUGAUCCCUGUGGUUGAGUUCUCUGAUGCCAACGUUAUGAAGAAGUAUAAAGUGAAUCCUGACCCUGAAACCUUGGACAUCGCCAGCACUGCGGCUAAGCAGAAAGAGAUUACGGUGGUGAUGAAGAUCUACUGGGGCGAUGCCCGUGAGAAGAUCAUUGAGGCUAUUGACAAGGUUCCCUUGAGCCUCCUUGUUAUUGGAAACAGAGGCCUUGGCAAGCUCAAGAGAGUCAUCAUGGGCAGUGUCAGCAACUUUGUGGUAAAUAAUGCUUCCUGUCCGGUUACUGUAGUGAAGAACAAUGCGGACCAGGAAAGCUAA